CUUUUGCACUGCCGGCCGUGGGGUCUGCGCGUGCCUGCCUUUCGCCUAUGCGGAUGGAUGCUCUCGGUCUCGGGGCCGGCCGCUGCCCUGGAUGGCUCUGCGUGGCCGCCACGGCGCUGCUUGGGGCGACGGUGCUCUGCGCGGCCAAGAGGAGCCAGGUGGCCGCGGCGAACGGGCUCGCGUGGGCUCUGCUGCCCGCCGCGCUGGGGCUGCUGUGCUGCGCCGCGCUGGGCGCUUGCGGGGGGCUCGUUGCGUUUCUGGCAGCGUGUCUCGUCCCCGCCGCGUCCCUGGGUGCUGGGGGAGUGCUGCCCGUGGGCGGCAGGGCUGUGCUGAUCACAGGAAGUGACACUGGGAUUGGACAUGCGCUGGCUAAAUACUUGGAUAACUUGGGUUUUGUUGUAUUUGCUGGGGUUUUGAAUAAGGAUGGACCUGGGGCCGAAGAACUGAGAAGGACAUGUUCUCAGAGACUUUCCCUCCUGCAGCUGGAUGUAACCAAUCCUACCCAAGUCAAGGAAGCCUAUCUCGAAGUUUCAGAGACAGUGCAAAAUACAGGGCUCUGGGGAGUCGUGAACAACGCUGGCGUCCUGGGGUUCCCCGCAGAUGGUGAGCUGCUCCCCAUGAGCACGUACAGGCAGUGCAUGGAUGUGAAUUUCUUUGGGGCCGUGGAGGUGUCCAAAACCUUCUUACCGUUACUUCGGAAAUCCCAGGGAAGGCUUGUUAACAUAUCAAGUAUGGCAGGAGGCAUUCCACUACCCAAGUAUGCCGCGUACGGUGCAUCAAAAGCAGCUCUGUCCAUGUUUUCUGGAGUAAUGAGGCAAGAGCUUUCCAAAUGGGGAGUUAAAGUUGCUGCAAUUCAUCCAUCAGGCUUCAGAACAGGUAUACAAGGCACAUCUGAACUGUGGGAUAAACAAGAAAAGGACCUAAUGGAGAAGCUUCCAGCAGGCGUGAGGAGAGAUUAUGGAGAAGACUACCUCCUGGAGCUGAAGAGCUACCUCCUGCGCAUGCCUGCCUACUGUGACUCUGACCUCUCCCCCGUGCUGGGUGACGUUCUGCACGCUUUACUGGCCAAGAGGCCGCAGGGCUUGUAUACUCCCGGCAAAGGGGCUUAUGUGCCUCUCCUCAUCUUUUGCUACUUUCCUCUCUGGUUGUACGACUUUUUCAUUAGUAAGUUACUAGGUAUUGAGCCCGUCCCAAGGGCGCUGAGAACAUCAGAAGCUAGAAAUAAGAACCUCUAAGGCUCUUGGGUGGUGAAACAGCUGAGAAAAACACUAUUUUAAGACACUGCUAUUUAUUGUACUUUGUUAAAUCGCAUUUACCCUGCCUUGUAAACUGAGGCAAGUCUCUGUUAAGUGUGACAUCCAGGAAAAGUGGUAGAUAAACAAUGACAGAAAACAAAAUUCUUCCAAAUAGGCCCUGUCUAGAGAUUAACAAUGCAAGAUGCUGCCUUUUGCAUAAGGUAUCUUGAGAGGUUAUGUAGCUCCUGUCUGCUUCAAGAGGCACCAUUACCAACAUGCUGAUGUCUCUCUAACCUGUUCUUAAAAAGUAAAUUGAGACUACACAACUACAUGAAUGCUGUAAACAUUAGAGGUUGUCUCUUCUUACUGUUGGAAAGACUUUCUGAAUGUCUACUGUAAAUUCUGCAACUUCAGGCUAAUACUCUUUUCUUUUUGUUCUGUCCCUGGCGGACAUGAAAAAUGAUUGACCCUUUCCUAACACCUCUCCCCCUCAGGUUUUGUGAAGUAUAGCUCUAAUGUUUAUGACAUGUCCUCUUUGCUAGACUAAGCAACAUAAAUUUUUUUUAAUCUGUCUCUGCUCAAUUUUUUUCCAAGACCUUCAUCAAGAAGGAAACAAUCUCCUUAAAAAAAAAUAAUAGUAAGUAUAUCCAGGGCUACUUUGAUAUCGCUGUCUUGGACAUUGUGUAUUUUAUCUGUAUAUGCUUGUACUUCUUUAUUUCUAAUUGUUAGUAAAUCUGAUCUCACUUCUGCUUUUUGUACAAUUUCUUACUUAGUUUUGUGUUUAUGAAGAACUCAUGAUUUAGCUAGUUUCUCCUAAUACUCUUCCUGUUUUCCCCUCUGCUUUGGGUGUGUUAGUGUUUGGUUCCUUAUGACCACUAAGUCUUCAUGCCUGCUUUAUUGAGGUCUGCUGUCUUUCUUCUGAGCUGCCCUUUCUUCUCAUCUCUUGCAUCUUGCACCUUUUUGCUUUCAGUCGUUCCCUCUCCACUGCAUUUAUUGUAGGAGUGUUGAGUGCCUCUCUGCCACUUGCUUUCCUGUUGCUUAUGUCAAAAACCCUCAAAGUCCCACCCCUUUUUGCAAUGCUCUUUGUACUGUUCUGUUUUGAAAGGUUCUGAUAUGUUGGGGGGAAAAAAAGCUGUGUUCAUCUGCUUUCCCUGGUUUGGCCAUCUAUACUAGGCCUUGCUAUGACAUUAAUUUCCUUUUCGAUGGUGGAAAGUUGGAAGUCAUUACAUCCUGGGCUUUGAAUGGAGACGGACUUCUUUUCUUGGCCUUUCCGGACAAAUUCUAAUCUUCUGUUGCAACCCGAGUCAUGUCACUUAUUCUUCCAGUCAGCUGAUCAAAAUUACAAUUUAAUUUGCCUAUGUAAUAGUCCUUCCCUCUUCUUCUGUGCAUCUUUUUAUAUCAACACAAGACUCCUAUAAAUGCAUAGAGGAUGCUGAGCAGUUUUGGCCCACUUUUUUAAUUCUUGUGCUGGUGUGGAAAUCCUCCUGUCUUGUACGCUUUGUUAUGACUUUUGCUGCCGCGGCUUACCUCCUGGUGGGUUUACACAAGUCUCCCUAUAACAGAUUUUUGCUUUCCUUUGAGAAAAUGCAGCCAAAAACGUUAUUCCCUUAGGCAAUCCAGGGCUAUUUCUGUCUCCCUGCUCAUUUCUUCCUUUACCUUUUCCAUGAAACUUCUUUUAUGUAUUUUUACUGGCAAAUAAUAAAUAGUGUUUAGUA